ACAACAGCUGAGUUUGAAGCAGAAGCUCAGCAAAAGGAAGGCAGAAGUUUUGGAUUGUGGAUUAGCCCAAGUAGACUGGAGUGUGUUUCACAGGAAGGAAAGCAUUUUUAAAGUUGUAAUUUCCUCUGAGAUUUUGAUACUUUUUUAAUUUUCUUGGAAAAUUUCAGGAUGAAUAUUCAGUCUUGUGCCAGAUGUGGCUAUGGGGUUUAUCCCGCAGAGAAGAUUAACUGUAUUGAUCAGACCUGGCACAAAGCCUGCUUUCACUGUGAGGUCUGCAAGAUGAUGCUAACAGUGAAUAACUUUGUUAGCCACCAGAAAAGACCUUACUGUCAAGUGCAUAAUCCAAAAAACAACACAUUCACAAGUGUUUUUGAGACACCAGUAAAUAUAAAUGUGAAAAAACAGACAGAAGCAGUAAGCGAGAUUAAGUAUAGAGAGGAGGGUGAGAAGUUCAAAUCUGUUUUUCACUGGGAUGUGACAUCCAGAGAUAUGGAAGCUGCACGGAAGAUGCAACAGCUAAACAGUCAGAAAGCCUACCAUGCUGCAUAUGAAGAAGGCAAAUCCUGGUACUCGGGAAGCAUCCCAGAUUUGGAAACGGUCAGGAUAGCUCAAGCACAGAACGCUCUCAGUGAUUUGAAAUACACAGAGAAAUAUGACCAGCAGAAGGGAAAAGGCAGCUUUCCUGCUCUGAUCACUCCAGCUUAUCAGAUAGCCAAGAAGGCCUCUCAGCUAUCCAGUAAUGUGGAAUAUAAACGAGGGCAUGAAGACCGUGUUUCCAAAUUCACCAGUGUUGCUGAUACUCCAGACGUACUUCAUACAAAGGUUGGGGGACAGCUUGUGAGUGACUUAAAAUACACAGAAGAGUAUGAACAACAGAGAGGGAAAGGCAGCUUCCCUGCUAUGAUCACUCCAGCUUAUCAGAUAGCUAAAAGAGCUAAUGAACUAGCCAGUGAUGUGAAGUAUCAUCAAAGAUAUGAAAGAGAGAUUAAGGGAACAGCAAGUCAUUCUGUUGGUGACUGGAAAGAAAAUGUGGAACAGUUCAGUCAGGAUUAUAUGGAUGAAUAUGAAGAGCAUAGAGGGAAAGGGAGCUUUCCUGCUAUGAUCACACCAGCAUAUCUCAAUGCUAAGAAGGCAAAUGAACUGGCUAGUGAUAUAAAAUACAAGAAAGACUUUUCAAAGAUGAAAGGGGCAGCCCACUAUCAUUCUCUUACAGCUCAAGAAAACCUAGCUCUUAAACAAGCCCAGGAUGUGAACAAGCUAUACAGUGAGGUGGGAUAUAAGAAGGAUCUGGAGAACAGCAAAGGCCACAGUAUUAACUACUGUGAGACCCCUCAGUUCAGGAACGUUAGCAAGAUCUCAAAAUACACCAGUGAUCUGAAGUACAAAGAGCAUUACCAGAACCAGAAAGGUCAUUAUGAAGGAGUUGGCAUAGACAGACGCACAGCGCAUGCCAUGAAGGUUGGAAGUCUAGCAAGCAAUAUAGCCUAUAAAUCUGAUUACACUCAUGAAGAUGUUGACUACAAUUACCCAGCUACCCUCACUCCUUCAUAUCAGACAACAAGGAAGCUGAUCCCUUUGAAAGAUGUAAAUUAUAAGCAAAGUAUUGACAAGCUGAAAUAUAGCUCUGUUACCUGCACACCUCAGAUCGUUCAAGCAAAAAUCAAUGCACAGCAGCUUAGUGAUCUGAACUACCGAGCCCAGUAUGAGAAAACCAAAACACAUUAUACUUUGCCUCAGGAUGUGCCACAAUUAGUCAAGGCCAAAGCCAAUGCGGAGUUAUACAGUGAGAUUAAAUACAAAGAAGGCUGGCAGAAAAGCAGGGGCCGGGGCUUUGAAAUGAAGUUGGAUUCCAUGUCUUUGCUUGCUGCAAAAGCUUCAGGGGAUCUUGCCAGUGAUAUUAAAUACAAAGAAGAAUAUGAAAAAACAAAAGGCAAAGCAAUGGCAACCAAAGAUUCAAGACUUCUGCACUCUUUACAAGUAGCUAAAAUGAGUAGUGAGAUUGCAUAUAAAAAGGAAUCUGAGAAGAAUAAAGCACAUUUUCACUUACCAAUGGACAUGAUAAACUUAAAGCAUGCCAAGAAGGCUCAGGCUCUGGCCAGUGACCUUGACUAUAGGAAGAAACUCCAUGAAUAUACGGUGGUUCCAGAAGACCUAAAGACACAAUGGGCCAAAAAAGCCUAUGGACUACAGAGUGAGCUUCAGUACAAGACAGAUCUUACAUGGAUGAAGGGAGUUGGAUGGAUAGCAGAUGGGAGCCUCAACAUUGAGCAAGCAAAGAAAGCAGGAGAACUUAUUAGCGAGAAAAAGUACAGACAGAAGGCUGAUGCUCUCAAGUUCACAAGUGUGGCAGACAGUUCCCAGAUCAAACAUGCGAAGAAAAGCCAGGAACUGCAGAGUAAUAUUGCAUACAGGUCAGGAAAAGAAGAAUUUCUUCAUCAUUAUAGCAUCAGCAAAGAUGAGCCACUCUUCAUACAGGCCAGAAUAAAUGCAGCAAAUAUUAGUGAGAAACUGUAUAAAAGUAGUUGGGAGAACCAGAAGGAGAAGGGAUUUGAACUUCAUCUUGAUGCAAUACCGUUUCUGACAGCCAAAGCAAAGAGGGACCUGGCAAGUGAUAUAAAAUACAAGGAAAAUUAUGAGAAGACUAAAGGAAAGUUGAUUGGGGUGAAAGAUGUGAGUGAAGACUCACAAAUGGCUCACUCAUUUAAUAUGUCAAAGAUGCAGAGCGAUCUGGAGUAUAAAAGGGCAUUUGAGAAUGUAAAGACUCAGUAUCAUGUGUCCAUGGAUAUGAUAAAUCUUGUCCAUGCCAAGAAAGCUCAGGAUUUGGCCACUGAUAGAGGAUACAAGACAAUUCUUCACCGUUAUACUGCCUUGCCUACAGAUAUGAAGGUGGAAUGGGCCAAGCGGGUCUAUGGCUUGCAGAGUGAUAACCGAUACAGAGCAGAUUUGAACUGGAUGAAAGGAGUCGGAUGGAUCGCCACUGGGUCAUUAAAUGUGCAGCAGGCUAAGAAGGCAGGAGAACUCAUUAGUGAGAAGAAGUACCGUCAGCAUCCAUAUGCUUUGAAGUUUACCAGUAUUAAAGACACUCCUGAGAUGAUCCAGGCUAGAAUUAGUUAUAACCAGGCUGUGGAUAGAAUAUAUAGGGAACAUGGAGAGAAUGUAAAACAUCAUUACACCCAAACAGCAGAACUUCCUGAGAUCUUUCAAGCUAAACAAAAUGCUCUGAAUAUCAGUGAGACUCGCUACAAGGAAUCCUGGAGCAAGAUGCGAGAUGGUGGUUAUAAACUAAAACUGGAUGCCAUUCCUUUCCAGACAGCAAAGGCUUCUACUGAAAUUAUAAGUGAUUACAAAUACAAGGAGGCAUUUGAGAAAAUGAAAGGACAGAUUAUUGGCUCCUGUGGCUUGGAAGAUAUUAAUAUUUCUCACACAGUGCAUGCAGCUUUGCUACAGAGUGAUGUAAAUUACAAGAAGGAUUUUGGCCUUCAGAAAAACCAGUUCCACCUGCCUUUAGACAUGGUGAAUUUAGUGCAUGCCAGAAAAGCCCAAUCUUUGGUCAGUGAUCAGGAAUACAGACAUUUGCUUCAUGAUUAUACUUCUCUGUCUGAAGAUGUUAGGCUGAGGUGUGCCAAGAAAGCUUAUAAACUACAGAGUGAGAAUUUAUACAGGUCUGACUUGAACUUUAUGAGAGGAGUUGGCUGCAUUACACCAGGGGCCUUAGAGAUUGAAGCAAAGAAGAAAGCUUCUGAACUCAUCAGUGAGAGUAAAUACCGUCAGCAGCCAAAUUCCUUCAAGUACACAUCGGUGACAGACUCUCCUGGCCUUCUUCAUGCAAAAUUCAGCAAUAUGAUUGCUAAUGAGCGCCUCUACAAGGCAGCAGGGGAGGAUACUCUGCAUCACUACACAGUGACUUUGGGUCUGCCUGAAUUUGAAAGGGCAAGAAUAAAUGCCACCAAUCUCAGUGAGGCAAAAUAUAGGGAAUCUUGGCAUAAUCUCUGUGCUCAAGGCUACAAGCUGACAAUGGAAGCAAUCCCUUUCCAGACUGCCAAGGCCUCAAGAGAAAUUGCCAGUGAUCUUCAAUACAAGCAUACCUUUGUGAAGGAGAGAGGAAAGCACAUAGGCGCCAGAAGCAUUAUGGAUGAUACCAAUCUACUGCACUGCUUGUAUGCUGCUAAGCUACAGAGUGAGCAGGAAUACAGGAAAGGAUCCAGGGAUACCAGGUCUCAGUACAACCUGCCUUUGGACAUGGUAAACCUAGUCCAUGCCAGGAAUGCCCAGAACCUAGUGAGUGACCAGGAUUACAGGAAGAGACUGCAUGAAUAUACGGUACUCCCUGAGGACUUGAAGAUGAAGUGGGCAAAGAGAGCCCAUCUGUUGCAGAGUGAGUUUCGCUACAAAUCAGACCUGAACUUCAUGAAGGGGGUUAGCUGGGUGGCUCUGAGAUCCCCUCAGAUAGAAAAUGUAAAGAAGGCUGGAGAACUCAUCAGUGAGACAAAGUAUCGUCAGAAACCAGAUAGUCUGAAGUUUACCACAGUGACUGACUCUCUGGACUUCACCCACGCUAAGAAUAGCUACAUUCAGUGCAAUGAAAGGCUAUACCGAGCUGGACACUUGGAAUCCAUGCACAGAUAUACUCUGCCCCCUGACCACCCUGACUUUACAAGGGCACGUCUCAAUGCACUCCAUAUCAGUGAUAAACUUUAUAAAACAUCUUGGGAGCAGACACGGGCAGCUGGCUAUGAUUUCAGACUGGAUGCCAUCCCUUUCCAGACAGCUAAAGCUUCCAGAGAAAUUGCCAGUGAUUUCAGAUACAGAGAGGCCUUUCUGAGGGAUAGGGGUCAACAGAUUGGAUUUCGCAAUGUAAAUGAUGAUCCCAGAAUGAGGCACUUCCUCAAGAUGGGCCAUCUCCAGAGUGACAACCAAUACAAGCGGGACUGUGUCAGAAACAGAGCACAGUUCAAGAGUCACAUUGACCAGCCAGGAUUUAUCCAUGCAAAGAAAAGUCAACAGUUGAUAAGUGAUGUCAACUACAGGCAGCACCUGCAUCAAUAUACCUGUGACCCAGAACAGUUGAAUCUAAAGCAUGCCAAACAAGCCUACAAACUCCAGAGUGAUGUCAAAUACAAAUCCGAUUUGAACUGGAUCAGAGGCAUUGGCUGGACCCCUCCAGGUUCUUACAAAGUGGAAAUGGCCAGAAGGGCUGCUGAACUGGCAUAUGCUCAGGAACGGGAACCUCAAGAAACUUUAGAUCAGUUCAAUCUGAAAAAUGAGCAGACAACAGGAGAAGGAUCCCAACAAGCCAGAAUCAAUCCUGAUGCAGCAGAGAUUCUGCAAGUCAAGCGGAGAAAAAUGCAGUUAAUUAAGAAAUGAACUGAAACCCAGACAUCUGUUGGAGGGAAAUGCAUAUGUUUUUCUUUGCUUGCUCUGCAAGUGAUGUAGUUACUUUGACCCCCUCCCCACCACCAUCCAAGAAACAUAAAGGACAGCAUCAAAGCCAUUGGUUUUGUUAAAAGAAAAAAACAACUAAUGCUGCACAAGGAAUUUAACACUGUUAUUUUAUUUUUUUGCAUGGAUAUUCUAAGUGAUUUUUAAGUGUAUGUAUUAUGAAAUUUAGUAUUUAUUUAAGAGAGCAAAUGAAAUUAGUACUAGAUGACUGGCAGGCUCAGCUUUGUACUAAAAAUGAAUGAACAUGACUUGUUGAAAAUAAAAUUAUUUGUAUUGAAAGUAAAUUUUUGGAAUAACUUUCCAUAAAUAAUUUGUUUGGGUAUUUUAAUGAUAGUUUCUUGGUUUAUGGGUACAACUGAUGAAAUUCAGCUUUCCUUUGUUUCCUGAAUUCCUUUGUAUUUGAGCAUUCUAAAGUGGCCUUAUCAUCUGUGUGAUCCUUGAUAAUUUUAUCAUCCUUGAAUGGGUGUGUAAGAACAAGUAAAAAGGGAGAUGGAAUGGUGGUCUCAUGUGUCAUCGUAUGUGGAUGAGAAUCAGUAGACAAAUGUGUGACUGAACGUCCAUGAAUGGAACAUAAAAGUUGCAAGUAAUGUUUGCAGGUAGAGUGGUAGAUUUGGACUAGCGAGCCCCAGGUUCAAAUUCAGACUUGGUUAUUAAGCUCAUGGAGUUAUAUUGGGCUAAUCAAUCCUCACUCAGCCUAACUAAUCUUACUCAUUUGUCAAGGUAAAA